CUUUACCAGCAAGCAAUCUAGCGAAGCAGACGACGGCACGAUCCCUUGGUUCUUCUCUAACCAAACGACGGAGUGUGAUUUAUUUUAGUGAAACCGGGCAUUUGCAAUUGAUUAAGGAAAUUUGAAACAACUUAAAAUGUUCAGGAACCUCGCUCAAAGAUCUUUUAAAUCGAGCGAUAAUUUUGGCAGAAUUUUCGUGCGAAAUAAAUCACUCAUUCGGCAGAAGAAGACUGACACUGAAAAACUGAUUCCACUUUUGGACGAAACCCAGUUGUUUAUACCAGUUGUACAUCGAAGACAUGAAGUUCCACUUCGGCCAAUUAACGGACCCGCUAAAAAAUUCAGGAGCCGUCAUUUAGUAUACGAUGAAAUUAAACCACCAAAACAAAAAAUGCCAGAUGUUGAGGUUAUCCUCAUAAAAGAUGUGCCAGGGAAAGGUGUUAAAGGAACAAAGCUUAAGGUUCCUGGAGACAUUGCGUAUGCUGAAUUUCUGAUACCUCAGUAUGCUGUAUAUGCUAAUCCGGAAAACGAGGUCAAAUAUGCAUCAUUAAUCAAGACGGUAGAGGAGAAUGCUGUAUUCAGCACUCUCACUGCUCAGAAGACUUCACAUGUCAUUGCACAAUUAAUGGUCUUUUUCUUUAUGAAUAUGAAGAACCCCUGGACUAUUGAGAAGUGGCAUGCUCGGGUGGCAUUCAGGCAAGGAGGCAUUAUACUUGACGAAGAAUGUAUUGAGCUCCCAGAACGACCAAUCACUGGCCCUGAUCCUGACAAAGAAGGAAAACACUUUGUUGCCACAGUUAUCAUCAAUGGAAAGGAAAGGGUCCCAGUUGUUUGUCGGGUCCAACAUUUCAUCAAUGAUGAAGAUCUUAAACUGCCUGUGGCAGCCCACUUUGCUGAUCCCAUUGAACCAAUUUUCGAGGAUGAUAGGGCUAAAAUUGAAUCAUUAGUUAAAUAUCGCUCUGAAAUUAUUCGUUUCAAGUUUUAGUCUGAUUUUUCUGCUGUAAAGUACCUUCAAUACAUGUUUCUAAUAAAAUUUCUAUGUUGUUUU